CUUGAAUCAUUCACCCGUUCAGUUAGAUCCACUUAACUUUUAUUUAAAUUAACGGCUAUUUUAAAAUUAUCUGAAUAACAGCAACGAUAUGGCAUGUUCCACUUCUGCAUCCUUGCCGUUUUUGGUAGCGAUACUUUGCUGUCUCUGCAGCAUGACAGCUACCGGACAAGACUGGCCUUCUCUCCCUGCCGCACCUCAGUCCAGACAAAUGUACGUGGCUACUCCUCAAUUCUACAACUACUACAAUCCCUACGCCAGCAUGAUGCCGGUGGUUUACUCCUAUCAAGCUUCUGGUUUUCCAAUUUUUCAUCCAGCAGCAGCCACAGGUGAAUCAGUUGUUGAGGUGGCUGAACGUGGUUUUAGAGUAUCUGUGAACAUACUUCCAGCACCCACAGAGUGCAUUUCUGACGCCGCUGCAACCGAAGGAUUGGUCCCUUGUUUGAAAACCACAGCAUCGAAUCAUGGAUCUCUUCUUAUUAAAAUGCCCACAGCCAAACAAAUCGCAGUUUUUGGAAUCGUGCUGCGUUUUUCAGAUUACAGAAUUACGCUCAGGUGUUCAGAGAUGACUGGUGUGGCAGCCUUUACGAAAACUGGUCCAAUUAAUGCACCUUCCGACACGCCUAGAACCGAGACAGGAGCUAUGCAACUUGUGGUGACUAGUACGGCAGACAACGGAUUAAUGAAAUGCACUUGGUAAGAUAUUAGUGUGGCUGUUCAUGUGCUGCUCAUGCUGCUCAUAAGUACAUGAAUACAGCCUAGUUCUGGCAGUACAAUCCAGCUUCGAAUCGUUUACAUCCAUCUAUGACAAAAUUGGCAUGUCAUGAUGGACAGCAGAACCGCUUAUAUAAUUUAAUUCUAUCUCGCCCAAAAAAGAUUCCAGUUUAGAUGAAUGCAAUAAUUUAAUAGAAAUGUAUAAUAUACCCCCAUCGACCGAAUUGUUUCAAUAAAUGAACCAACUCUGGAGUGCA